AUGCAUUUCUUUAGUCAACAGAGCAGCUUACCAUUAGAUCCUAUCGAUUGGACUUUUAAAGAAGCUUUAUUAGCUUGUGAAAAAAUUAAUGGAAAACAUACUGAUAAUGGUCCUAAUAUUGUAAAAGCCAUUCAAUUGAUAGGAAUCUCACAUGUAUCAUGUUGUGCUUAUACUCUUCAUCUUAGUGUAAUUAAAGAACCUGAAGAAGCUGAACAAGAUUAUGAAAUAAUUUCAGAUGAAGGAAUUGUUGAACCAGCAGCUUGUAUCAAUCAACCUCUUAUUAUAUCACGUGGUCGUAAACGAAGACAUAAUACAAAUAAGUAG